UUAACUCGAGACCGCGAGAGAAUCGCAAAAGAAUUGGCUGCUGCAAAAUCCAUGACCGAAGCUAAGGCUGGAGAAAUUGCAAUAAUUCGUGCAAAUCAAGCAAAAUUGGAAAAGGCCCAUAGCCGACAGUUGAGCACACUACGGGCACAAAUGGCGGAUGAACUUAAGAAGUACCAGGCAGAGAUCGAAGCUGCAACGAUGGACAGCAAAUUACUGACAACUGAAAACGCUUUUUUGAAACAAGACUUAAAGGACGAAACGCAAAAACUGAAUGACCUGCGGAAGGCCAGAGCAAAACUGGAGGAGAACGCUCCGCUAACGCCAAAGAAAACAAAGGUCCUCCCCCUCAGGGAUGGGUUUGAUGAUGACGAAAUCAUGCUCUCUCCUACAAAAUCUGUCGGCAGAAGGUCAAAACGAGGAACCCCUUCAGUGUCUGGAGGGCGAAAACGGAAAACGAUCGAUGACUCUCCUGUCAAAGCUCCUACUUUAGAGUUGAGCCAGUCGUUUGAAACCAACUUGGGUGACUCUAGUGAAUCAGCAGAGCUUAUGGCCGUUGAUCCUGGGCCACGGAAGCCUAACAUAGAGGACCGUAAUGUGCGAUUUAUACGGAGAAUCUUGAAUCACAAGACCUAUCCAAGUAAGGGACGAGACUUGGAGAUUUUUACCAAGCUCUCCUUUCCGUCCGACCCAGGGCGAAUGUUUUCGUCAUUUAUUCUUGAGGCAACAACCGCGAAAUCCUCUGAAAAUUACGCGGUUGAAUAUGCAAAAGCCAUAGUUUCGCUAUGGUCCCGGGCACUUAAAGAAUCCUUCUACGAUCCUAUAGCCAUGUUUAUGGCCAUCAUCAAAUAUAUCAUCAACCUGGACCCAUCAAAUAUUGUUCCACAACUAAUCGAGGACCUCCUCCCAGUACUCCUUAAAUCUGGAUACGUCAACGGUGUUGCCAGAUUCCGCAACUCCCCAGUAUCGCACCAAAAUCUUGGUCAGGUCAAGCAGACCCCCCAGUCCGAGCUCCAUCACCAGGUGAACUCCACAGAAGCCCUCAACAUCCUCUAUAUAGCAGCCAGCAGCUGCCAAUACGAUUCUGAUGCCCAGCGCAAAUUCUGGAAAAACAUCCUUUACGACUUCAUUCUUGUGAUGCUCAACUCCAACCAACCAAUCGACGACAUAAUUAUAACCCUAAACCUCCUCUCCUACAGCAUCCUCCCAACCUCUUUCGGACCCCUCCUAUCCACCCCCGCCGAACAAACCGCCAACGAAAACUACAUAAUCGACCGGGUCGCCAACCUCCUCAGCGAGCAGCUCUACGUCGACGAAGGCGAAAAGCCCUACACCCCUUGGAAAAUCUCCACCCUCCGCAUCGAAGCCAUGUCCUUCCUGACGACCCUAGCCUUCUCCUCCCCUCACCCCUCCGCUUCCAACAACCAUGCCGGCCGCCUCCUCGCCCGCCACCCGACAGCACUGGCCCGCGUCUUCCGCUCCAUCCACGACGAGCUCGACGCGCUCUACUCAAACCCGCCAGAGCGCGAACUGCACGUCGCCCUCGUCAAUGGCUUGACGCGGCUGGCGUACGGCAUCAUGCGCAUGUUCCGCGACGAGGUGAAUGUCGGUGCGAAGUUGCGUGUUUGUGCCCGGCGCGACGCAAAAACAUCUUGGUUGCGCUGA